AGGUAUGAUAAAGUACGGUUUCCAAGCUGUGACUAGCUAUGGAACAGCAUUAGACUCGCUGCGGCCGGCGGCUGUACUCGUCCGUGAGCAGUAUGGUGCGGCCGGUCGCAAUUGGAAACCUUACCUAUAGACGUAUCGACGAGUAUAUUAUAUACCCUAUAUUCUAUAGUACAAGUACUAUAUAUUCUUACUAAAUAAAAAUAAAAGUUCCAUUGGUUUUUGGUUUAUACCUUGGCAAAUUAACGUAGGUACUUCGUUGUAUGAGAACCUCAUAUAUAUUGAGUACCGUGGAAAAAAUUAUAAUCUUCUUGAUUAUAACGACAAAAAUAUGACGUUACGGAAAUAGAUACAAAACAUGCGAUUUAGUUGUACAAUAAUUCUGCUUAGUAUGUGUAUAAUAUGUAUAUCGUAUGAACUGUGUACGUGAUUGGAUGUAAUAUUGUGCCAUAUUAAAAUUUUUUUGUAUGUGUUAAGUUGUUAUUGUUUUUAUUUGAAUUUAAAAAUAUAAUAUGAUGUCACACAGUGAAUUUUUUUAUGAAAAAUUGAUAUCAAUUUAUGACGACCAAAAUAAAAAAUAACUGUAGACUCAGGAAUAGACUACAACAAGGCUUUAAACGAAAUCAAUGAUGCGAAAUUGAAUACAGGUAAAGCUAAAACUCAACACCAAUAUUAUUUAUGUCGAAAAUAUGAUUUGAUUGAAGAAGAAAAUGUUAAACAUAUUAUUUUUAAACCAAAAACUAAAACUGAAAAUAUUAUUUAUGUAUUAAUUUCUGAAAAUUAUUUUGAAAAAAUCGAAGAAAGUCAUAAAGCAACUGGUCAUGGUGGAAGGGAUAAAGUUGAGCAGUAUAUAAAAAUAACUAACAAGUAUAACAUAUUCCUCGAACAGCAAUCCAAAUAUUUAUUAAUAUGUGUAUAACUUGUAACUUAAAAAAAAUUAAAAUCUCAUAAAGGCGACGUUGUAAAACUAAUAAUAUUGGCAGAUUUUAAUUCAAGAGAGCAAAUUGACCUUACUGAUUUCCAAUCAACACCUGAUGGAAAUUUUAAAUGGGUCAUGAACUAUCAGGAUCACGCAACCAAAUAUUUAUAUUUUCCACCACUUUCUACAAAAGGACCACCAAAGUUGCACACAAACUUUUAAAAAAAAAUGUUAGAACAAGGUGCACCUCAAUUACUUUAGUCUGCUAACGGGAGACAAUUUACAUCGAAAAUACUGUCACGGCCCCGUCAAAGUCAUCUCAAAGAUGUAGAUAUAGGUAGGUACCUACUAAUUGCGUUUUAAAGUAAAACAUAAAGCGUAGUGAUUGGUGGUAAAGAGAAACUUACUAUCUAUAUACCUACCUAUUAUUACGUAUAGUUACACGAAAAUUUGAAUCGUAGAAGAUACACGCUAAUGAGUAAUGACUAAUAAUUUUAAUUCAUAUUUGCGUAUCAUAAUUAUAUAAUCUUUAAUUAUCUAUAUCUAUAAUAUCAUUUAACGAGUUUGUACUUUGUUUAUUUCGUCAACACAACUCUAUGCAAAAAUCGUACGACUGUACGAUUUACAAUUACUGUACCUAUAGGUUAGGUUACCUAUAUGUGGUACCUAAUACCACUUAACCUGUACAACAUUUUAACCGCAUGGUAAUUUAUUGCGUGCUACAUAGUCGUAUAUAAAGCGCGUUGAAAACAAUGAUAAUAUUACACAUAAUGUAAAUUAUUGUGGGAAAAAAACCACUCGUCGACUGACCGAUUCAUAUAUUUUAUACUUAAUAUAAUGUGUACAACAUACGUCAAGAGCACGUCAUAUAAAUUAAACCAUAAUAUAAACGUUACAUAUUUACAGUAUCUCACACCCGUUUACGAGUUCUAUGAGUGUGAGGCAGGUGGGUGAUUUUACAAACACCAUAGUUUGACUCUGCAGUUUGCAUGUUAGGCGUGUUGUAAUUGUACCUAUAUACAGUUGUAGCUAGUGCGAUGAUAUCACGUAGGUAUACACUUCCAAUCGUUUUGAGUGCGAACACGGUAUAGAGGAUUUGCGAUUGUUAAUUAAUUUUCAGUGUUUUACGACACGUGCUCUACAGAAAUGUGUGGAAUUUAACGGCUCGUUCGUACCGUGAAACGGCCAACGAACAUAACAAUAAUAUAAUAUUAUUAUUUCGGAGGCAACGAUAACGCUGCAAUCCGCCCGCGAAAAUCUGCAUCGUGGACAUGGACGCGAAAUGGUACGGUGAUUGGGUAGAUAUGGGUAUUUGUCGUAACAAUGUGGGUACAGAGCCAUGCAGUUAAAUGUACGAAUGUAUGCGAAACCCAUCGAAAUACGGUCUGGCGAGCGGAACUCGCGGUGGUGGAGAUAAACCUAAACCAAUUUCCACAUUAAGUUAUUACACUCAAACCGAAAUACACCAAUCAUUCGUAGGAGGGUUGGCCAUCUCAGUCAGAUUAAUCCACAGACAAGCAAGGAACACCGAAUUGUCCGUUAUCUGAAACGAUGACCGUUAUGAUGUCCAACGGUUGACAGCCAGCUCUUGAAUAAUUAUGGACGGCGGCCACUCUGUCGUCAACGAUACAUCCAACAGCACGCUAGCUGUCGACGAGUAUGACUACUCGGCGCGACCGGAAACGUACAUAGUUCCGGUACUGUUCGCGUUCAUAUUUUUCGUGGGAACCAUCGGAAAUGGAUCCCUGGUGUUGAUAUUCAUCCGGCACAGGCACAUGAUCAAUGUGCCGAACAUAUACAUACUCAGUCUGGCGCUGGGCGACCUGCUGGUCCUGUUGAGCUGCAUACCGUUCACGUCUACCGUCUACACGGUGCCGUCAUGGCCGUUCGGCUUGACCAUCUGCAAGGUGUCAGAGACCACCAAGGACAUAUCGAUCGGCGUGACCGUGUUCACGCUGACCGCCCUGAGCGCUGACCGGUUCUUCGCCAUCGUUGACCCGAUGCGCAAGCUGCACGCCUCCGUGGGCGGCCGCCGGGCCACCAAGUUCACCGUCACCGUGGCCGUGACCAUAUGGUGCCUGGCGAUAGCGUGCGCCGUUCCCGCGGCCACCAACUCGUACGUCCGGCAGUUCCGGCAGGACAACGUGACGCUUUUCGAGGUGUGCUAUCCUUACGCCGAGGAACUGGGACCUGCCUAUCCGCGGAUCAUCGUCGUCAUCCGGUUCCUGGUCUACUAUGUGGUGCCGCUGUCCGCCAUUGCGUGCUUCUACACCAUGAUGGCGCGGCACCUCAUCAACAGCACCAGAAACAUGCCCGGCGAGGUCCAGGGACAGAUGCGUCAAGUCCGAGCCCGGAAGAAAGUGGCCAAGACCGUGAUGGCGUUCGUGCUGGUGUUCGCCGUGUGCUUCCUGCCCUAUCACAUGUUCAACCUGUGGUUCUACCUGAACCCCAAGUCCCAGGACGAGUACAACUUGUUCUGGCACGUGUUGCGCAUCGUCGGCUUCUGCCUGUGCUACAGCAACUCGUGCAUCAAUCCCAUCGCGCUCUAUCUGGUCAGUGGCACGUUCCGCAAGCACUUCGACCGGCAGCUGUUCUGGUGGAUCGUCAAGCCGCAGGGUGGCACGGUCACCGAGUCCAAGAACGGCUACAUGCGCCGGAAAAACGGCACCCGGGAGAUGGAUCGGAUCACCAUCAACGAUUCGUCAAUCAUGGGCAACGUGCAGAUGAGCACGUUCGCCAAGCGGGCCGCGGACCACACCACCACCACGGCCACCACGGUGCUCAUCUGUACUGGGCUCAAUGACGCCAACACCAUAAUAUAGGUACUAUUUCGAUCUGAGAGCCUUUCGUGUCAGCAAAUUUACUUCGGUCGUCAUAUUGUUUAUAAUAACGACUGAUUAUUUAUAACGUGAAACUACUACAUAAACGUCAGAAUAAACGAAAACCACUUGAUUCCGGAUUCGUGAUAAUACAAUAACAAUAUUAAUAUUGUAUGUUUAAAUGUUCAAAUUCUAAUAGUGCUUGCUCUGCGAAAUCUGAUUCAAUGGCGUGUACGGUGUACCUACCUAUUAAUUUUGAAUUUUAUGCGUUCAAAUCAUCCAUGAAAUUAUAUUUUAACCUUUUCUUAACCUAUUUUAAAUACAUUUAUA